AUGCUUUCGAAAUGGAAUCGCACAGAAGAGCCCACGAAGCCGCUGUUCAUUUGAUAAGGGUGACGUCUCCGGAGCGAGCGCCAUUGAAUAAUUUAAAGGGAACAACAACAGCAACAACAACAAUCAUCACCAGCAUCAGUCCCACCAUCAACGCCGCUACCCUCGACAACAACAACACCAACAGCAGCAGCCGCGUCGUCGAUCGACGUGCAGGGACACUAGCUCGAACCGUUCGGGCGCUCGCCGGGGCCGAAGUGGCCGGAUUGUGGGGUGGCCACGUAUCGCAGCCACUGCAACGAUGGGAUUCCCGUUCGAGCGGACGACGGUUGACAGCUUUCUGUCCCGCUACACGACAGAGGCAUCGCUAUCGGGUGCGAUGGCGACACCGGCGGCUACUACCGGUACGACCAGCACGACCACGUCCAGCACGAUGGCGUCCGUGGUCGAAGAGCUGCUGUUCCUUAACGUCACGCUUGCGUCGACGUCACCGGCCCUCGUCACCACCGCCAACGGUACGACCAUCGACGUGUCGGCCGAGGAAAUGGAACCGACCUACUCGCUAGCGCAGAUCAUCAUUCUCGGUAUCAUCGCGACCGUACUGAGCAUCCUGACGGUGGCCGGCAACGUCAUGGUGAUGAUCUCGUUCAAGAUCGACAAACAGCUGCAGACGAUCAGCAACUACUUUCUGUUUUCGCUCGCCAUCGCCGAUUUUGCGAUCGGGCUCAUAUCAAUGCCACUGUUCUCCGUCACGACGCUGCUCGGUUACUGGCCGCUAGGGCCGCACAUCUGCGACACCUGGCUCGCCCUGGAUUAUCUCGCGUCGAACGCGUCCGUGUUGAAUCUGCUGAUCAUCAGCUUCGAUCGGUACUUUAGUGUGACGCGACCGUUGACGUACCGGGCGAAGCGUACGACGACGAGGGCUGCGAUUAUGAUUGGGGCGGCCUGGGGCAUCAGUUUGCUGCUGUGGCCUCCGUGGAUCUACAGUUGGCCGUACAUCGAGGGGAAGCGGACGGUGCCGGAGAAGGAGUGCUACAUCCAGUUCAUCGAGACCAAUCACUACAUUACGUUCGGUACGGCGAUCGCCGCGUUUUACGUGCCGGUGACGGUCAUGUGCUUCCUUUACUACCGGAUAUGGCGUGAAACGAAGAAGCGCCAGAAGGAGCUGAAGAACCUGACUGGAGAUCGGAAGAAGGACUCAUCCAAGCGGUCCAAUUCCAGUGACGAGAACACGGCCGUCAAUCAUUCCGGUGGCCAUGCGCUUCCGGCCAGUGUGGCCGAUGCGGAUGGAUGGCGUCGACCACGGAGCGAAUCAUCGGCCGAUGCCGAGAGCGUCUACAUGACCAAUGCCGUCAUGCAGGAUGGCAGCUACGGACACGGCAUGCUGUCGCGGCGAUCGAGCAUCAUGAUCAAUGGUGUGCCGAAGAAACCGACCACGUUCUUCGGUGGCAUCAAGGAUUGGUGCAUCGCGUGGUGGCACUCGGGUCGGGAGGACUCCGAGGACUACGGGUAUGACGUGGAGGAGCCAUCGGACUUAGGGUGCACCUCACUGAACGUGAUCCGGGAUCCGUACGUGGCGACCGGACGCAGCAACGUCGUCAGCAUGAUACCGGACAUCUCGCCCACUCCGAUACGGCCCGCGCUACCCCCGUUGGCGCACCUACAGGAUCUACACGGGGCGCGUGAUUCCCGUUCACUACCGAGCAGCAAUCGGCUUGGUUCGCGUUCCGUCAGCCAAGACUCGGUCUACACCAUCCUGAUCCGGUUACCACCCGAAGGUGGGUCCGGUGAUGAGCGAGCACCCUCGAUCAAGAUGAUCCAGGACGAUGUACCGAUGUCGAUGACGGUGCCACCACGGCGGCCACUACCAACGCGCGAUUCCGACUACAUACUGCCGGUUACACGGCGUCAAUCGACCGCGACCACCGAUUUCCGGUUGCCACUGUCGGCCAAGAUCAUCUCGAAGCCGCUGUCGAAGCAGCAGCAGAUCCAUCAGGCCAACCUCGCCCAAACUGCGCGCCAGGUGAAGAAGAAGAAAAAAUCACAAGAGAAACGGCAGGAGACGAAGGCGGCCAAAACGCUGUCGGCCAUCUUGCUCAGCUUCAUCAUCACCUGGACACCGUACAACAUACUGGUGCUGCUGAAACCGUUGACCGCGUGCACCAAGUGCAUUCCGCAGGAGUUGUGGGAUUUUUUCUACGCUCUUUGCUACAUCAACUCGACCAUCAAUCCGGUUUGCUACGCGCUUUGUAAUGCUUCGUUCCGCCGGACGUACGUGCGCAUUCUGACGUGCAAGUGGCACACACGGAAUCGGGAAGCCAUGACGCGCGGUGUUUACAACUAAAGCGAAGCGUUUUGACAGUAGUAGUAGUAGUAGUAGG